AUGAAACCCUGUUUUUCUAUUGUUCUGAGGCGAUUUUGUUCUCGAAGAACUGUUCCUCAAGUCUGCGUGGUAGGUGCAGGACCAGCUGGUUUCUAUGCUGCAAUGCAUUUAUCUAAGAAUCUCAGGCCAGUUAAAAUCGACUUUAUCGAAAAGUUGCCUGUUCCUUUUGGAUUAAUUAGGUAUGGAGUGGCACCAGAUCACCCUGAAGUAAAAAAUUGUAUUAAUCAAUUUACUAAAUUAGCAAACCAAGAAAAUAUUAACUUCUAUGGAAAUAUAACAUUAGGCAAAGAUAUAAGUCUGGAUAAUUUAAGACAACAUUAUGAUGCAGUUUUACUUACAUAUGGUGCAGAAGAGGAUAAAACCUUAGGUAUUCAAAAUGAAGAUGCACAAAAUAUAAUAGCAGCUCGUAAUUUUGUUGGUUGGUAUAAUGGACAUCCUCGUGAUAAAGAUUUAAAAGUUGAUCUUUCUGGACGCACUGGAACUAUUAUUGGCCAAGGAAAUGUUGCAUUAGAUGUAGCAAGAAUACUCAUGUCACCAAUUGAUUUACUUAAGAAAACCGACAUAACUGAAUUUGCACUACAGGCAAUAUCCGAGUCAAACAUUAAAGAAUUAUACCUAAUUGGAAGACGAGGGCCCCUACAAGUUGCAUUUACAAUUAAAGAGUUACGGGAACAAUUGAAAUUACCUAACUGUCUAACAAUUUGGAGAAAGGAAGAUUUUGAAGGUGUUGCUGAAGCAGUUGUCAACCUCCAGAGGCCUCGCAAGAGACUAACUGAGCUUAUGUUGAAAUCAUUGGACAACCAAAGUUCACAACCUGGAUCAUACGAAAACUAUUUUCGACCAAUAUUUUUUAGGAGUCCUCACAAAUUUUUAGUUCAUAAUGGUCAAGUUAGUGGGAUUGAGCUUACAUGUAAUAAAUUAUUUGGUGACAAUAUAGAAAAUCAGAGGUGUAUUGCGACAGAAAAUAAAGAAACUAUUGAUUGCAGUUUAGUUUUUCGAAGUAUAGGAUACAAAAGUAUAAAGGCAGAUAAUGGUUUAUCUUUUGGAACUAGUGGAUGUGUUGUCAAUGAAAAUGGAAGAGUGAUAGAUAAUAAAGGAAGAGAAUUUGGACGAUUAUAUGUUGCUGGAUGGUUGGGCACUGGACCAGUGGGUGUUAUAAUACAUACAAUGGGAAACGCAUUCCAAGUGGCAAUAAAUAUUUGUCAUGACCUAAAGAAUUGUGAAUCAUCUAAAGAUGGUUUUGAAGGUUUAAAAAACAUUCUUAAAAAUGUUAACAGCCCUGUUAUAACUUGGCAGGGAUGGGAAAAAAUUAAUAGGUUUGAAAUUGAGCUGGGCAAAAAGUUUGGCAAGCCAAGAGAAAAAUUAACUUGUAUUAGCAAAAUGUUAGAAGUUGCUGCAGAAUAA